AUGAUAAGAGGGAUUCAAACGACCCUACCCAAAUCCACUCGGUAUAUAUAUCCGGAUCAAACCCUAGUGCAAUCCAUCCAUCCCCUCUCCGCCGCCAGCCGACCAACUCCCUCCUUCCUCGGGAUCCUCCCAGAUCCAUCGAACCGCCACCUCCUCCUCGAUCCAAAUCCUCCCCUGUCCAGACACCGCUGCCACUGUCUUUCUCCCACCUCGGGUUCCCCUUCGCACCAAUUAGCCACCACCAAAAAAACUUCCAAUUCCAUCGAUCCAUCCACCCAACUGCCGCCGCCCGAGAGCCUCGCUCGACCCCGUGCGCCACCACCGGCCGGCGACCUCGCCAGAGCUCUACCGGAACCGCCAGGAGCUCUAGAGCCAUGGUUUGAUUUCGGCCUCGAGGUUCCGACACCGCCAUCUCCUGCAUCCGCUGCCGCGCCAAGUCUCGCUUCCUCACCCGUGCGUCAAGUUCUUGCUGCGGCCGCCUCGAUCUGCCAUGCCGAUGCCCUCCAUGGAGUUCCCUGCAGCUUCCCGUCAGCGCCAUCUCGAACCGAGCCUCGCCCCUACACCGUCUUCCCCGCGCACCAAAGACCGGCGACCUCCAACCUCGCUGGAGUACCCAACCAGGGCAGCCCUUCCGCAAUUCGUCGCGCCGCCCUGCCAGGACAUGCCCCGCCGUCUCCUUCCUCGCCAGCUGCCACCGACCUCCAUUCUGUCCUUAGCGCCGCCCGACCAAGUCCGGCGACCAAGCGCAUGAUCUGGUCGAGCUCGCCGCCCCUUGCCUACUUGCACGUCGUUCCCGUGCCUGGCCACCAUGUCGCUGACCUUUGCUUCCCCUGCUACGAGCGAUAGGAUGAGGCACUGCCGGCGUUGACUCUAUGACGAGCACGACCCCCUCCUCUGCUUCACGCAUAGCGCAGCACCCUAACCCAGCUCUAGCGAUCGCAUGGGCCACAAGCAGAUCCGGCCCAACGCCUCCCUUCGUGGCCUGCCUCUUCCUCCGACUGGGCUUGGCCCAUGGGUGAGCUGCCCCAGUGCCCCUCUUGUUUUUUUUCUUUUCCUCCUGUUGGGCUAGCUAGUUUUGGCCCAUAUAGUGUUUUUUUCCUCGGGACGAAUUUAGCUAAUUUCCAGGGAUUUGCAGAUUUGCAGAAAAGACCCUAUUCUUCUUGCAUUUAACAACUCACCAACCAUGCAUCACAUGUAAAAACUUAAUAUAUGAAAAGUGCUUUGAAUUUUGUGUACUUUCAUAGUAUGCCACUUUCAUCCAUGUUUGAAAUGUUUAAAAUGCUAUUUGCAUUAAUUUUGCUUAUAUUCCAUGUUAAAAUGAUUUAUUUCAUAACUUAAUAACCGCAGCUUGGUUUUAAAUAAAUUAUAUAUGUAAAUGGGGUAGAAAAAUGCCUAGUUUAACAUGGU